UACUAACCCCUACCUUUUUGCCAUCGUUUAGUUAAACAAUUCUCAGACUUGAAGCUGUAAGCCCGAAAUUGGAUUUCAAUCUCAAUUUCAAACUUUCAAAAUACGUUGUGUUCAGACUUUUCGUGAUUGUGAUUAUUUUACAGUAUCCCUGUAUUUGUAAUUAUUUAUAUAAAUAAUGAUAAAUUUUAUUAAUGUUAUUAUUUAGUGAAUAAAUGAGCUAAUUUCAGAUAGUUUAUACAAAUUACUGAUGUUUACUUGGAUUUGUUUCUAGAGGUUCCUCUCUUUCUAGAUAAAAUGUUUUACUGCCAACGUGAAAGCUACAGCAGAGAACUUGAAACUGAGGUUAUAUCCUGCAGUGCUACUAGUAGACAACUAGACACUGCAGGUAGAAAGGCGAAGGUUGAUGGAUUCGAGGUUACCUUUAAGGAGACUGUUUUCUUCCCAGAAGGAGGGGGACAGAAUGCAGACAAAGGUCUUGUGGGCGGAGUAGAGGUUUUAGAUGUUUACCGCCGUGGAACCGUUGCAGUACACUUUUUAGCAGGAGAACUUCAGCCUGGUUCCGUGGUUCGUCAAUCCUUAGACUGGAACAGACGGUUUGAUAAUAUGCAACAGCAUUCAGGUCAGCAUCUUGUAUCAGCAGUUCUAGAAAGAGAAUAUAAUAUAAAUACAACUGCUUGGUGGAUGGCAGAAUCGUCAGAAAAUAAGGUUGGAUUAUCUUAUAUAGAGUUAGAUAAACCCGUCCCACCAGAGACACUGAGCUUGGUGGAGGAGAGAUGUAACUCCGCAAUACAGGACGCAAUUCCAGUUUCUGUCAAGCUCUUUCAGAUCGGAGAUCCAGAGCUAGAUGCGGCACACACUCGCGGACUUCCAGCUGACCAUGCCGGUCCGGUCCGGCUUAUUCAAAUGGGUGAAAUUGACAGUAAUCUUUGCUGCGGUACUCAUGUUUCUAAUCUCUCUCACCUUCAGGCAAUCAAGUUACUGUUUACAGAAAAAAUGGCGCUGAAGAGCAUCUAGAUCUAGUCGAGAAGUUGGUGAAAAAUCUGAAAACAACAACGAAGACGAACUCCAAUCUUCUAAAAGAAAUUGCUCUGAACGAAGCGAAAAAUAUUAAAUCAC